UAAAUCGGCAUAUAUACCAACAUACCUACCACAAUAUAAUAAAUUUGAAAUUAAAAUUUAAUUUCGUAUAUUGGAGCAAAGUAGGCAUACUUUACGAUAGCUACUCGUAGUACAGGACAAGUCCCGGAUAAAUAUUAACUUCCAGAACUCUUUUUUAUAGAGCGAAUAUGUAGAGCUGCUCUGCACAACGGCUCGAACGGCUCGGGAAUUGGGCCGUAGCUCACUCUGACCCUACCUAAUGAGGGUUGAUAACCAAAAGGUUCUCUGCAAUUUGAGCUAGUAGUAAAAGUGGUGGUUCAUGGAGUUUGCGAGUAUAAUUAAAGCUUGAAGCGCAGAAUUAUGACCUCGAAACUGCCUUGAAUGAAGUAUUUACAUAGGCAGGGCGUAGGCAGGUACAGAUAUAAACUUGCCCCCCCUAGUUACAUUUUUGUUCUCGUUUAAUCUGAUGAAGCUUUUUCUUAUUAUUCAGUACAGUAGAACUUGUACAUCCUUUCCAUAACUAACAUAAUGGCACGAGCCACGAUUCUAAGCCACCCACAAUCCUUACAAACAGUACCUAUGCAGUUAUUGUUUUUUACCAAUCCAUACGAUUAAAGGUAAACAAGUUGAAUCUGUCAUCUGCUUUGAAUGCAUAGUUAGUCAUUCAAUGCCACGACCUGGAUUUCGAUAUUUAACAUCACAGCGUAGAGUUCAUUUUUGUUUGUCCACAAGCUUUAUCACAAAACUAAACACGUACGUCAGUUAUACAAUAUACAAGUACUAUUACUAUAUACAAGUAGUAAGUAUUUCUUAAAUGUAGAGAAUGCUUGUACCGAAUGUGAAAGUGUUUUUUUCGGCGCGCAGUGUAAGCUCGCGGUGCGCUCGCGCAGACGGACUGUAUGUAGUUCCAAUAGUUCCAAGAAAACGUUUUCCUCACACGACGCACACUGGUUCUGUCGGCAGACAUGCAAGGCAAAAAGUUCGCUUGGUUUGGUUCAAGCUUUAGUUUUGUUUAUAGCUUGCUACAAUAUUAUCUUCGCCGCGUUGUCCAAGCAUUUUGCCACGGCUCAUGGGAGCCUGGGGUCCGCUUGGCAUCUAAUCACAAGAAUCUUAUCACUGGUUUUUAUGAAAGCGACUGCCAUCUGACCUUCCAACCCAGAGGGUAAACUAGGCCUUAUUGGGAUUAUUGCGUUUUCCUCACGUUGUUUUCUUUCUCCGAAAAGCGACUGGUGAAUAUCAAAUGAUAUUUCGUACAUAAGUUCCGAAAAACUCUUAGUACGAGCCGGAGUUUGAACCCGCAACCUCCGCACGCUCUUACCGAAGAUUCUGAAAGGACCACAUCAAAAAACGAUGGUCGUUUUGGCCUAGUGGGUAGUGACCCCGCCUACGAAGCCGAUGGUCCCGGGUUCAAAUCCUGGUAAGGGCAUUUAUUCGUGUGAUGAGCAUGGAUAUUUGUUCCUGAGUCAUGGGUGUUUUCUAUGUAUUUACGUAUUUAUAAAUAUUUAUAUAUUAUAUAUAUCGUUGUCUAAGUACCCUCAACACAAGCCUUAUUGAGCUUACUGUGGGACUUAGUCAAUUUGUGUAAUAAUGUCCUAUAAUAUUUGUUUAUUAUUAUUAAAAAGCAUCUUAAACGGGAAAGUGUAUUAAUCGCGAUAAAAUGUACGAACACAAGUUUAAGGGACCAGUGUAAAACGAGUGUUACAUCAGAAAUCGUACUGAACGUGAUCGUCCGUAUUUGCAAUUAACUACUGUUUCAGAUGUUAUCUCGUGUACUAUGCAUAUAUUAGUCACUAUUUCUUUUGGCUUACCAUUUGACUGUACCGCGAAUGUACCAGUGUGCGCGUACGUCACGACGAUGACGCGUCAACGUUACGCUAUACAUAAAGCGACGCGUAGCGGCCGCGCGCCUAGUCCUCGGCUACCAUCCGCGGCGACAGCACCCUGGCGCCCCGCGAUGCUUGCAUGGAGCCUGCGCCCCCUGCGCCUGGGCAGGCGCCCUCGCUGCCCCCUGCUACCCCUGAGCCUGGUGCCUCCUCGGCGCAUGACGACGACGAGGUGCUGGUGCCUUCUGAUCCGGUGAAAUGGGAUGGUCGCGACGUGCGGCGCUGGGUUCGUUGGGCGUCGCGCGCUUUCAGUGUAUGCGCACCGCGAACGCAUCUACUUCCCGACUCCGGCGCAGCGCUGCUGGAGCUCACCGACCAACAAUGGUUGCAGGUGUGCUCCGGUAACGAGCAGUCCGCGCGGCUGCUGCGCGCGCAUCUUCAGCACGCACGCUGCGCAGCCGCCGGCCUGCCGCCGCCGCCGCCCCUGCCCGACCACCAGGCGCCCAGCACCGUCGCCAUACCCUAUAAUCCAUACGCGUCGCUAAGUUGUCGCGGCAGCGGUGCUACUGCGGGCGGGCAAGUGCAGCUCUGGCAGUUCCUGUUGGAUGAACUGGCUCAGGGUGCACCCGGAAUCUGCUGGGAGGGUUCUCCAACGGACGGCGAGUUCCGCCUGAGCGACCCCGACGAGGUGGCCCGCCGCUGGGGCCGCCGAAAGCAGAAGCCGUCCAUGAACUAUGACAAGCUGUCGAGGGCUCUGCGCUACUACUACGACAAGAACAUCAUGAGCAAGGUCCACGGCAAGCGCUACGCCUACAAGUUCUGCUGGCGAGGGUUGGCAGCAGCAUGCCAGGCGCAGACGCCCGACGCGCCGUGGCCGUAUCUGGCGCCCCGGCUCGACCAGGCGCCACAGACGCCACAAGCGCCAUCCGUGGCGCACGCCUCACACGCGCAAGUGCCCCAUUUACCACCGCACUAGGCUUUUUUAUGUGUUGAUAUCUAA